UCCGGAGGAGACGAAAAUGGCAGACCUUUAAAUCCUUUAAUUUCAAAGUUGACCGCUUCGCUUCCAUAUCCAUUUCCUCCGACCUAACAGUACCUUCGGGCCUACCAGAGAUCUCUCUAGAGAGCGAGAGCGACGAUGUCGUGCUUGGCGUCUUGCUUGUUCGCCUCCACGUGCGGGCUCUGCACCUCCGUGGCGUCGGAGGUCUCCCGGCGGUCGGCCAGGCUCGCCUACUGCGGCCUAUUCGGCCUCUCCCUCGUCGUCGCCUGGGUCCUCCGAGAAGUCGCCGCUCCCCUCCUCAAGCAUAUCUCAUGGAUAAAUACUUCUUCGCAUUCAAAGGCAUGGUUUCAGAUGCAAGCGGUUCUUCGGGUGAGCCUGGGAAAUUUCCUGUUCUUUGGGAUACUCGCUCUCAUAAUGAUUGGGAUAAAGGACCAAAAUGAUAGGCGCGAUUCGUGGCAGCAUGGUGGAUGGAUUGCAAAGAUGGUGAUCUGGCUCUUGCUAGUCGUCCUCAUGUUCUUCCUUCCGAAUGUGGUCAUCUCGAUCUAUGCAACUAUCUCAAAAUUUGGUGCGGCCUUGUUUCUUCUGGUUCAAGUGCUUAUAUUAUUAGACUUCACCCAUUCAUGGAAUGAUGCAUGGGUCGAAAAAGAUGAACAGAAAUGGUAUAUAGCUUUGCUGGCAGUAUCAAUUGGGUGCUACAUCGCAGCAUUUACAAUUGGUGGGAUCCUGUUCAUUUGGUUCAAUCCUUCAGGGCAUGACUGCGGCCUCAACGUCUUCUUCAUGGUUAUGUCCUUGAUUCUUCCGGUCAUAUUUACUGGAGUUGCAUUACAUCCUAAGGUGAACGGAAGUCUCUUGCCUGCUUCAGUGGUAUCAGUCUACUGUGCUUAUGUGUGCUUUACUGCUCUAUCCUGUGAGCCUCGAGAUUAUGCAUGCAAUGGUCUGCAUGGCAAGUCAAAAGCAGUCUCCACUGGGACCCUUAUUCUGGGAAUGCUAACGACGGUGCUCUCCGUCUUGUACUCUGCCUUUCGUGCUGGAUCCUCGACGACAUUCCUGAGCCCGCCAUCUUCACCCAGAUCAGGGGCAAAGGCGCCUCUUCUCAAGGCCGAAGAUGUGGAAGAAGGGACAGAUAAGGAGGACAAGAAGGAAGCAGAGGCGAGACCUGUCAGUUAUUCUUACUCUUUCUUCCACUUAAUAUUUGCUCUCGCGAGCAUGUACGCAGGUAUGCUUCUCUCCGACUGGACGAGCUCGUCCGACAGCUCCGACCUCGUUGACGUGGGCUGGACUUCCGUUUGGGUCCGUAUCUGUACCGAGUGGGUCACAGCUGGACUUUAUAUCUGGACAGUCAUUGCCCCGCUCCUUUUCCCCGAUCGCGAGUUCUUCUAGAUUCUUGAGUAUGUGUGUACAUUGUGGAGAGCAGAAAGAAGAUAAUAGUACAGCAGUUCUACUAUGUAAUGCGUAAUUACUUCAUUAAAUUCCUUUCUGUUCCGGUUCUUUCUUCUUUUAGAGUUCAGGAAAGAGUUGGGAGGCGUGGGAUGAUACAAUUGCCUUCUGCACUCAUUGGAUCAGUCUCCUUGUAAAUAGAGUAAUAUUUUGCUCAAGUUUGGUUUAAGACAGAAAUGAGAAUGGUAUCAGCAAUAUGCGAGCCCGGAAGGUAUUGAGACGUGAA